AUGAAGGAGACGAGAGUUAGUAAUAUUUAUAUGUUGGAUGACUUGGACUCUAGAUUGUCCUCAUCUUCUGAUGCUGGAGUUAAAACAUUUAGUAUUGAUAAGUUAAGCCAUGGUGCCCAUGGAAGCAGUAAAACCUCAAGGUCUUUCAAAAGAGGAAUGAGAAAAGGAUCUGAAGGACUGAAGUCAAUUGGCCGAUCAUUUGGAUUUGGGGUAUCUAAGGCUGUGUUCCCAGAAGAUCUUCAAGUUUCAGAAAAGAAGAUAUUUGAUCCUCAAGACAAAUUCUUACUCUUCUGGAAUAAGCUUUUUGUUAUCUCUUGUAUUUUGGCUGUGUCUGUGGACCCACUGUUUUUUUAUCUCCCUGUCAUCAAUGAUUCAUUACGCUGUCUUGGUAUAGACCGAAAUUUGGCAGUUAUAGUUACCACCUUAAGGACAUUUAUCGAUGCUUUCUAUCUUAUACACAUGGCUCUCCAAUUCCGUACUGCUUAUAUUGCUCCAUCAUCUCGUGUUUUUGGACGAGGUGAGCUUGUGAUAGAUCCAGCACAAAUAGCAAAGCGAUACUUACGGCGGUAUUUCAUCAUUGAUUUCUUAUCAGUAUUGCCCUUACCACAGAUUGUGGUGUGGAGAUUUCUUCAGAGUUCAAAAGGUUCAGAUGUAGUCACAACAAAGCAGGCUUUACUUUUCAUUAUUUUGCUUCAGUACAUUCCAAGAUUUCUCCGUAUGGUGCCAUUGACUUCUGAACUUAAGAGAACAGCCGGUGUCUUUGCUGAAACUGCUUGGGCUGGUGCUGCAUAUUAUUUACUAUUAUUCAUGCUUGCCAGUCAUAUAGUUGGGUCGUUUUGGUACUUAUUAGCUGUUGAGCGCAAUGACUUUUGCUGGAAGAAGGCUUGUAGUGACAAUGGGUACAACAAGAAAUUCUUGUAUUGUGGCAACCAAUACAUGGAAGGUUAUAGUUCCUGGCAGAACAAAAGUGAAGCUAUUCUUACAUCACAGUGCUCUACAGAUAAUGAUAAUCCACCUUUCGACUAUGGGAUAUUUACACAAGCCUUGAAAUCCGGCAUUGUUUCAUCUAACAAGUUCUUGUCCAAGUACUGUUACUGUUUAUGGUGGGGGCUUCAGAAUUUGAGUACACUUGGCCAGGGGCUUCAAACUAGCACCUACGUUGGAGAGGUUAUGUUUUCAAUAGCAUUAGCCAUAGCUGGCCUUAUCCUCUUUGCACUUCUGAUUGGUAACAUGCAGACAUAUCUUCAGUCUCUUACCAUUAGGCUUGAGGAAAUGAGAGUCAAGAGACGUGAUUCAGAACAGUGGAUGCAUCAUCGUCUGCUCCCACAAGAGCUUAGAGAGCGCGUGAGACGAUAUGAUCAGUAUAAGUGGUUGGCGACACGUGGUGUAGACGAAGAAAAUUUGGUUCAGAGUCUUCCAAAGGAUCUUCAAAGAGACAUUAAGCGCCACCUUUGCCUGGCUUUAGUUAGAAGGGUUCCUUUAUUUGAGAGUAUGGAUGAGAGAUUGCUUGAUGCCAUAUGUGAGAGACUGAAGCCGUGUUUAUUUACAGAGAGUACUUACAUUGUGCGGGAAGGAGAUCCGGUUGAUGAGAUGCUUUUCAUCAUACGUGGUCGGCUCGAGAGUGUCACUACAGAUGGUGGGAGGAGUGGGUUUUUUAAUCGCAGUUUUCUAAAAGAGGCAGACUUCUGCGGUGAGGAGCUUUUAACUUGGGCACUUGAUCCCAAAUCUGGCUCUAACCUCCCAUCUUCUACUCGAACAGUUAAGGCUUUAAUGGAAGUUGAGGCUUUUGCAUUAACUGCUGAAGAGUUGAAGUUUGUCGCCAGUCAGUUCAGGCGCCUCCACAGUAGACAGGUUCAACACACCUUCCGCUUUUACUCCCAACAAUGGAGAACUUGGGCUGCAUGCUUUAUUCAAGCAGCUUGGCGCAGGUAUUCCAAACGAAAAAUUAUGGAGCUUCGUCGAAAGGAAGAACCCGAGGAGUCAGAACUGACUCACAACAAUGCUGGUGGCAGCUCAUACAGUCUCGGUGCCACCUUAUUGGCCUCAAGAUUUGCUGCAAAUGCUCUUCGUGGUGUACAUCGCAAUCGUAUUGCUAAGAGUGCCGGGAACUUGGUGAAAUUACAGAAACCUUCUGAGCCCGACUUUACUGCUGAUAUGUGA